AUGGAAUUAGCUAUCUAUGAGUUGCUCAAGCGCCGUUACUUGGACUUUCGACAAGAGUACCGAAGUCUACGAGGUCAACCCGUAGCUGGAAAUCUCAUUCCCCCGUACGUGACAAUCCCCUUGGUCACCACUUCCUGUUGCAUUCCCAUUCUGAUCAUCUAUCCGGCUAAUUUACUCCGAACUCGCUUCCAAGCUUCCGACAGUCCACGAGCUGAUCCAGUCUGGCCCUCGUUUCGUGCAAUCUGGGCCCGGUCAGGAUGGCGUGGCCUGUACCAGGGCAUGGGUGCUAGUCUGUCAAAAACUUUGCCGUCUGUGUGCAUUACCUAUAUUGUGUUCGAAUUCUGUUCCGAGCUGAUGCAUGUGCCGGGACUUGGAUCCCGCUGA